AUGGAACCAUUAUAUUCUUGUAGAAAUUGCAUAUUAAGUUUGUUUUCUAUUUUACUUGUUAUAUUGUCUACUGGUGCAGUUUCAAAUCGAGUGACUUAUGAAGGAGAGAGCAUGGUGGUUGAGGGAAAUCCCUUUCAAAUUAUUUGUAAACUCACCGUUUUCGACACAAUGAAAUGGCAAAGAAAUGGUGUUACACUUUACACAGAUGAAAACACAUUGAUGUCUCUCAGCGAAGAUGAAUCGGGUGGGGGUUACAUCAUAGGAAAAUUGAUGAUACGAAAGGCGCGUGAUUAUCAUAGUGGGGAGUAUACAUGUAGUUCCUUCGGGGGUCCGGGUCAUACCGUCAACGUUGUCGGCGUAAAAAUAGUAGGUAAUUUCGACUUCGAUUGGUACAAAGUCAUCGAGUACAAAUCGACGUUGAAUUUACAAUGCAAUUUAACGGAUGAAUCCGUAGCGGAUAGUUAUACCGUUAAAUGGUUGAAAGAUGAUAAACCUAUGAGUGAAACCUCGGAUAAUAGGGUUGAAAUUAAACCUUUGGAAAACAGGUUCAUUCUUUCAAAGGCACUCGACACAGAUGCCGGAAAUUAUUCUUGCGUUUUUACGAAUAAGAUAAACAAUUCAGAACUUCGAUUAAAUUUUCAAGUUGUUUUCAAGCCGUAUGUUAAAUUGCCACCUCAUACAAGCGUCGUUGAAGGAGAAAAAUUAACUUUAACUUGUAUUAUUUUGAGUGAUCCAGUGCCUAUUGUUUAUUGGAAAAUUGGAAACAAAACAUACGAAGACAGCGAUGAACGGGUCAAACUUUUGGAAAAUAAAGAAAAAGGUAUACCCAAAUCCAUAUUACAAAUCGAAGAAGCCAACAUGGACGACAGGAACACGUACACGUGCGGAGCCUACAAUAUUGGAAAUAAAUUUUCAAAUGCAACGGAAUCGUCAACUUUUGUCAGAGUCAAAGAUAAAUUGGCUGCUUUGUGGCCAUUUUUGGGGAUUUGCGCGGAAGUCGUCGUUCUUUGCACUAUUAUAUUAAUUUACGAGAAAAAACGAAACAAAACUGAAUUGGAUGAAAGCGAUACGGAUGGAAGUCCAGAACAGAAAACCACUCCAGAUCACAAAAAGGAAAGCGAAAUUAGGCAAAGAAAGUAA